UCUGCCUGCAAUUCUCUUGCCCAGGUUGUUGCUUGCAAUGACCAAUGUCACUCUCGUUAUGUCUGCCUGGAAGUGCCUCCAUACACUUAAUAGAAUGAACUUGAAGGACAGAAGUUGGAUUUUCAAUACGUUUUGAAGAUUGGACCUCAGAGAGAACAUUGUUGAAGUAUAUGACGGAUGGUAUGUUACUGCGAGAAUUUCUGGGUGAACCAGACAUGGAAGGCUACAGUGUGCUGAUGAUUGAUGAAGCUCACGAACGGACUCUCCACACGGAUAUUUUGUUCGGCCUUGUUAAAGAUGUUUCAAGAUUUCGUCCAAACCUGAAACUUAUCGUAUCAAGUGCUACCUUGGAUUCUGAAAAAUUCUCGAAGUUCUUUGAUGAUGCUCCAAUAUUCCUGAUACCCGGAAGAAGAUAUAGUAUCGACAUCUUUCAUACAAAGGCUCCUGAAGCAGACUAUUUAGAAGCUGCUGUUGUGUCUGUCCUUCACAUUCAUCUAACUCAACCAGCUGGAGAUAUUUUGAAUAUUGUUGAAGCCUAUCAACUGUUGAAGAAGAGAUCGCAACACACUCUUACCAAGCUCUCACAAAAUUGAAAGUGCAACUACCUACAAGGCUGUCUCUCUUCAGCAUAGGCUCAUUUACCUAAGCCCACAGUUUCAUUGAAAUGUCUACCGGUGUAUUGCUCCUCUUCUUCCGCGAGAAACUCUGUUUCUUCGGCUCAUGUCCAUCAGAUGAAACUAAAUCCAUCUGCUGAAGUCAGUACACUUUGUGAAUGAGGGAAGGCAGACCUGGGAGACGCUGCUAUUGCACGUUUGAACUGGUUUUUCUCACAGGACAAGAAGAGAUAGAGACAGCAUUUGAAAUGUUAAAGGAGAGAGUUGCCCGUCUUGGAUCAAGAAUCGGAGAGUUGAUUAUUCUACCAAUAUAUGCCAAUUUGCCGUCUGAUAUGCAAGCAAAAAUUUUUGAACCAACUCCCCCUGGAGCUCGCAAGGUCGUGUUAGCAACAAACAUUGCUGAAACAUCACUUACCAUCGAUGGUAUAAUCUAUGUGAUUGACCCAGGAUUUUGUAAGCAAAAGAGCUACAAUCCUCGAACUGGGAUGGAAUCACUGGUUGUCGUACCAUGCUCAAAGGCUUCGUCAAACCAGCGUGCUGGAAGAUCUGGUCGUGUUGCUCCAGGGAAAUGUUUUAGGCUGUUUACUAGUUGGGCGUAUCACAACGAAAUGGAAGAGUCUUCUAUUCCAGAGAUUCAGCGUACUAAUCUUGGAAAUGUGGCUCUUUUGUUAAAGAGUUUGGGUAUAAAUGACCUGAUUCAUUUUGACUUCAUGGAUCCUCCACCUCCUGAGACUUUGGUUCUUGCACUGGAACAACUUUAUGCUCUUGGAGCUUUGAAUCACAUGGGAGAGUUGACUAAGGUUGGAAGGAAAAUGGCUGAAUUUCCAGUUGACCCUAUGAUGUCUAAAAUGCUGAUUGCUUCAGAAAAGUAUAAAUGUUCAGAGGAAAUUGUAACCAUCUCUGCAAUGUUGUCUGUUAACAAUGCUAUUUUUUAUAGACCCAAAGACCGUGCAGUAUAUGCAGAUACAGCCCGAGCCAACUUCUUUCGCCCUGGUGGUGAUCAUCUCACACUGCUUAGUGUUUACAAUGAGUGGCAGUCUUCUGGGUACUCAAUGCAGUGGUGUUUUGACAAUUUUAUCCAGUACAGGUCAAUGAGACGAGCAAGGGAUGUAAGAGAGCAGAUUGAAGGGUUAAUUACAAGAGUUGAGAUUGAAAUGGUAUCAAAUGCCUCAGAAGAUGUUCCAAUUCGAAAGGCAAUUACAGCUGGUUAUUACUAUCACACUGGUGUUUUGUCAAAAGGUGGCUAUAAGACAGUUAAACAUCAGCAGACAGUUCACAUUCAUCCAACAAGCAGCUUAUUUGAGAAAUUGCCACGGUGGGUUGUGUAUUACGAGCUGGUGUUCACUACAAAAGAGUAUAUGAGACAGGUUAUAGAAAUAGAAAGUUCGUGGUUAUUGGAUGUUGCCCCCCAUUACUACAAACAAAAUGACCUCAGUGAGAGUAACAAAAGGAUCCCAAAGAACUUUAAGUCGUAGCUUCUAACAAUUCAUUUUUUAUCCUUUUUUUUGUGUCCACUUUUGUGUAUCUACCAGUGUUUUUGAUGACGCAUGAUAAGUAAAUCUAUCACUGUGAAAGUAAGGAUACAACAGUGAAAGGCAAUGAAAUUUCUGAGGCUAAUUUUGAAGGUAUACAUAUUAAUGAAGCGAUCUUUCUUCGCCUGUUGUCAGUAUAGUACACAUUGAUGGUGAUGCCUAUUUGCCCAGAGACAAAUCAUCAAGUAAAACUGCCAAAA